GAAGUGUCUCCUCCUGGCAGUGGCAGUCGGUCCUCGAAGACAUUCAAGCCAAAGAAGAACAUUCCUGAAGGUUCCCACCAGUAUGAGCUCCUGAAGCACGCGGAGGCCACGCUGGGCAGCGGGAACCUGCGGCAGGCAGUGAUGCUGCCCGAGGGGGAGGACCUCAACGAGUGGAUUGCAGUGAACACUGUGGAUUUCUUCAACCAAAUCAACAUGUUGUAUGGGACCAUCACGGAGUUCUGCACGGAGACCAGCUGCCCAGUCAUGUCUGCAGGGCCAAGGUACGAGUACCACUGGGCAGAUGGCACCAACAUCAAGAAGCCAAUCAAGUGCUCAGCACCCAAAUACAUCGACUACCUGAUGACGUGGGUGCAGGACCAGCUGGAUGAUGAGACACUCUUCCCCUCCAAGAUCGGUGUCCCUUUUCCCAAGAACUUCAUGUCGGUGGCCAAGACCAUCCUGAAGCGUCUGUUCCGCGUCUACGCCCACAUCUACCACCAGCACUUCGACUCGGUCAUGAGGCUGCAGGAGGAGGCUCAUCUCAACACCUCCUUCAAGCACUUUAUCUUCUUUGUGCAGGAAUUCAACCUGAUUGACAGGAGGGAGUUGGCUCCGCUGCACGAACUGAUUGAGAAGUUGGGCUCCAAGGACAGAUAAACAUUCCUGGGAGGAUCC